AUGCCUCGAGAGUUGUGGCCGUUAGCAGCUUCGAAUGACGGCAAGAUGACUGCCGCUGACGUAGUAGCCAUUGUAGGACUGUCCAUUUCUAUCUCGACCAACGCUCGCGCUCGAGCACCCACGCAUUCAGAAGUCUUGUUCUUGAUGGCAGCGUGUAGCGUCGCCGAGUACAAGGCCCAAAAAGCAAAACCUGCAUUCCAAGGCCGGGAGAAAAGGGGGGUGUUGCGACCGCUCUUUUACACCUUUUUUUAUUGCAGAUCCGACUUGCACUUCGUGAGACGGCACUCCUUUCGACUUCUUCGAUAUCCUCACGCAGCCGAUACCACAUCCGAGAAUGACUUUCUCGAUGGGAACCUAAGAUCAGAAGUCCCGUUCCUCGUCGACGGCGACGUGAAAAUCCUCGAUUCAACCAUCAUCCCUGAAUACAUUAAGGACAAAUGGCCUGAUCAUAUCCCACUACGCCUUCGAGAUCCCGCAGGCAGAGCCCGCGCCCGAAUGAUCGAGGACACGUACGACUCCCACUAUGAGGCCAUCAAUUGGGGAUUCGGGGAAGCGUUCUGGUUCGGUCAUGCCGAAGGUGACUUGGCCUCACAUCUGAGAAGUGCCGCGGCGUAG